UCUUCAUCAGCCCUUCUCUUGAACUUCUCUCGUAAUUAUCUCUCGAGGGAGACCAAUCUGCCCUCUCAUUUGGCUUGUCUGGGCGCUAGACAUGCAGUGGAGCAGACUCAGCUUGACGAAUAUCCUUUGCUUACCACUAAUUUGGCUGUGGAUCUUAGGGAUGGUGUCCGACUCGUUAAACUUGCUGAAGUAUUACUUUCCACUAACUGCUUGUCACGGACUCUUCGAAGCCCUGUUCAACUACCUGGCGAUUCUACAGCUCGAGAAAACUCCGAAGAAACCCAGGAUUCGUUUGAAGUGGGAACUACUGGCGUGUUACCUGGCAGCCUUAUGCUGUUGAUUCGAUUCCCCGCCAUUUCUCGUCUCCAAAAGAUUCAUAAUGUUUCAGUGGCACUACGUGCGUUUGCCGAACACUGCCAGCCGGCUUGCGUCAACCGAAAAUUGUCCCAUGGCCAUGAGUGGUACGAUAAAGAAGCAGCCGGUACUAUAUUUCUGGCUAACGGCAAGUUACGCAUAUUUGAAAUAUUUUUUAUUACGCUUUUUACUCUAUACGCUUCCUCAAUCCUUUUGCCUUAUCCAAAAUAA